AUGGGUGCUGGGAGCUCCACCGAGCAGCGGAGCCCGGAGCAGCCGGAGGCGGGGAGCGGGGCGCCGGCCGAGCCCGAGCCCCGCGGCGGCAGCCCGGUGGCGGAGGCGGCGCCCGGAGCGCCGGGGGACCCGGACAUUGCGGCCGCGGACCCGGCCACCAAGCUCCUACAGAAGAAUGGGCAGCUGUCCACCCUCAACGGCUUAGCUGAGCAAGAAGAGCUCACCCCGCAGGAGGGCGUCCUGAAUGGCCAGGAGGAGGAAGUCAUUGUCCCAGAGGUUGGCCAGAGAGAAUCCGAAGAUGUGAAUGAAAGAGGUUCAGAUAAAGAGAUGGCUGCCAACUCAUCGGUUGUUCAGGACAUCACAAAGGAUGGGCAGGAGGAAAUGCCUGAAAUAAUUGAGCAGAUUCCUUCUUCGGAAAACAAUUUAGAAGAACUAACGCAGCCUGCUGAGUCCCAGACUAAUGACGUUGGAUUUAAGAAGGUGUUUAAGUUUGUGGGCUUUAAAUUCACUGUGAAAAAGGAUAAGAGCGAGAAGUCUGACACGGUCCAGCUACUCACUGUCAGAAAAGAGGAAGGUGAAGAAGCAGGAGAAGCAGAGGGGGCUGGUGACCACCAAGAGCCCAGCCGGGAGGCGGGAGAAGCAACACACAAAGAAAGUGAACUGAAACAAUCCACAGAGAACCCCGAGCAGCCUGGGCAACCCGAGCAGAGCAGCACGGAGAUUUCUCUUCAAGCUGAGUCUGGUCAAGCAGCCGAGGAAGGCAAAGAUGGAGAAGAAAAACAAGAAAAAGAACCCACCAAAUCUCCAGACUCUCCAACCAGUCCAGUGGCCAGCGAAACGGCGUCACCCUUCAAAAAAUUCUUCACUCAAGGCUGGGCUGGCUGGCGCAAAAAGACCAGUUUCAGGAAGCCCAAGGAGGAUGAGCUGGAAGCUUCGGAGAAGAAAAAGGAACAAGAGACAGAAAGAGUCGACACAGAAGAAAAGGAAAAGACAGAAGAUACCUCUGAGAAACCGGCUGCUUCGGAACAACCACAGCCACGGGAGGCCACAGAGAGUGUCCACGAUGCCAGAUUAUCAGCUGAGUAUGAAAAGGUGGAGCUGCCCUCUGAAGGUCAAGGGCAGGCAUCUCCUGAAGAGAGAUCCGCCCCUUUGGCAACAGAAAUAUUUGAUGAAAAGGUAGAGAUUGUUGCAGAAGUCCACGUGAGCACGGCGGAGAAUGCAGAGGAGCAGAAAGCUGAGGUGGAGGAAACAGAAGAGCCCCAACCGGCUGAGAAAUUGGCUGAAACCAGUGCUGGGCCGCAGGAAGCCGAACCUCCAGUGUGUGCGCCUGGAGGGGACCACACCCAGCCCCCCGAACCAGGUCCUGAGGAGCAAGCGCUGUCUGCCCAGCCGGAAGGCAUCGUGAGCGAGGUGGAGAUGCUGGCAUCCCAGGAGAGAGUGAAGGUGCAGGGAAGCCCGCUGAAGAAACUUUUUACAAGCACUGGCUUGAAAAAGCUCUCCGGGAAGAAGCAGAAAGCGAAGCGAGGAGGAGAUGAAGAGUCGGGGGAGCAGCACGUGGCCCAGGCGGAUUCCCCGGAUAGCCCGGAUGAGCCAAAGGGCGAGAGCUCUGCUUCCUCCCCGGAGGAGCCCGAGGAGAUUACGUGCCUGGAGAAAGGGAUCGCGGAGGCACACCCGGAGGGGGAAGGCGAAGAGGGAGCCACUUCCGAUGGAGAAAAGAAGAGAGAAGGUGUGACUCCCUGGGCAUCUUUCAAAAAGAUGGUGACGCCCAAGAAACGUGUUAGAAGGCUUUCCGAGAGCGACAAGGAAGAGGAGCUGGAGAAGGUGAAGAGCGCCACGCUGUCGUCCACGGAGAGCGCGGCCUCGGAGAUGCAGGAGGAGGGAAAAGGACACGGGGAGGAGCCGAAGCCCGAGGAGCCGAAGCGCAAGGUUGACACUUCGGUGUCUUGGGAAGCUUUGAUUUGUGUGGGAUCGUCCAAGAAAAGAGCAAGAAAGGCAUCCUCUUCCGAUGAGGAAGAGGGACCGAAACCGACGGCAGGAGAAGGCCCCAAACCAGACGAAGCAGGAAAAGACAGAGAGGCAGGACCGGAGGCUGUCCCCGCAGGUUCCCAGGAGCACGACCCAGGGCAGGGAAGCUCCUCCCCUGAGCAAGCGGGAAGCCCCUCGGAAGGGGAGGGCGUUUCCACCUGGGAGUCCUUUAAAAGAUUGGUCACCCCGAGGAAAAAAUCCAAGUCCAAACUGGAAGAGAAAACCGAAGACGCUGGAACGGGGGCCGGUGCGGAACACUCAGCGGCAGAGGUGGAACCCGGGAAGGAAGAAUCUUGGGUUUCAAUUAAGAAAUUUAUUCCUGGCCGGAGGAAGAAAAGGUCGGAUGGGAAACAAGAUCACGCCACUGCCGAGGACGCGGGGCCGACAGAAGUCAACGAAGACGAUUCCGACGUCCCGGCCGUGGUCCCUCUGUCCGAGUACGAUGCCGUGGAGAGGGAGAAAAUGGAAGCGCAGGAAGCCCAAAAGAGGGAGGAGAAGGCCGAGCAGAAGGGGGCGGUUUCUGUGUCGGAGGAGCUCAGCAAGAGUCUGGUUCAUACCGUGACUGUGGCGGUCGUCGAUGGGGCGAGGGCCGUGACCCAUAUGGAAGAAAGGUCUCCUUCUUGGAUCUCUGCUUCGGCGACAGGGCCCCUCGAACAAGCCGAAGAGGAAGCUGGACCACCCCCUGCAGGGGUGUUGGAAAGAGAGGUCAGGGCAGAGGACAGCCCCGUCGCCACCCCAGCCCUGCCCGAGAGCCGAGAUGCCGGUGAGGACGCCCUCACCAGUGAGGUGGAACCCACUCCCGAGGCCGUGACGGCUGCGGAACCCAUGGAGGCGUUUGGUGCCGAGGAGGCGACCGAAGCAUCUGGUGCCGAGGAGACCACCGACAUGGUCUCGGCCGUCUCCCAGUUAAGUGAGUCUCCGGACACCACCGAGGAGGCCACGCCGGUGCAGGAGGCGGAGGGCGGCGAGCCCGACGUGGAGGGCCAGGAGAGGCGGACCCAGGAGGUCCUGCAGGCGGUGGCGGAAAGGGUUAGAGAAGCGUCACAGCUCGAUGUCAGGGGCCCGGGAGCCGAGAUUCACACAACGCGGAAAGAGGGAUCCCAGCUGCCAGAGGUGGAGGAGACCGAAGAGGACCCUCCCGCGUCGGAGCUGAAGGAAGCGGUGGACGUGGUGUUGCCGGGACACGCAGGAGAAACAAAAGCUGAGACUCUGACAUCAGGGGAGGUCUUUGGACAGGCUGCCCCAGAAAACGCUAGAGAAGUCCCUCAAGUCCCCGAGAGCGUCGAGUCCAGCGAGCUCAGAAUCCCCUGCCAAACCGAAACCUUGGUUGGGGUAAAAUCAGAGAUCGUCCUGGAACAGGCUGUUGGCCCCGACUCGGCCGAAACUCUCACAGACAGCGAGACCAGUGGAAGCACCCCCGUGGCCAACUGUGAGGCUCCCCACGCCACACAGCAAGUCAAGGUCAUGGAAGUCCACGCAGAGGGUGGAGGUGCAUCCGGUACGAAAUCGCAGGUCACGGCGGCCCAGGCAGCUCCUGCACCGAAAGAGAUGCCCCCAGCACCCUCUGGGCUCCAAUCCCAGGAAGAAAAGAAAGAACACUCAGAAAUCGCAGGGGUUCCAGAGCAUACGGAUAAAGAGGUAGCAGUGGAGACUGUACCCAUUCUUUCAAAGGCUGAGGCGACUCAGGAGGCUGGCCAGUUUGCUGAUGAGGAAACCAGAGACGUACCCUUCGUUCAAGGACUUGAAGUGUCUGCAGACACAGAAAUGACAGCUGGACAGAAAAAGGCCAUUGAAGUCGCCCUUAAAGAUGAAGUUACUGAAGAAGCUGAUUGUCAAAAGAAGGAAAAUACUGAAUUCCAGAGUCCUGCUCAGUCUCUUCCAGCCCCAGGGGAGAGAGAGAUGGUAGUGCAAGUGGAAAGGGAGGAAGCGGAAGCCAAGGCAGCCCCAGUGAGUGAAGAGAAGCUUGAGCCAAAACCAGCCGAAGUGCUCAGCGAGCAGCUGGUCCACACGGUUCAUGUGACCGUCGUCGACGGGGAGAAGGAAGUUCUCCAUUUUGAAGAAAGUUCUCCUUCGCUAGUUCAAGUCUGCACAGACAGUCAAGGUCAAAGCUCGGGGGCAUCAUUACCUCUAACAGCUGCCGCUGUGGAGAAGAAGAUCUUAGGAGAAACCGUCAAGCUUUUAGAAGCAGCUGGACCUUUGGAGUCUGCAGAUGCACGUUUGGAACCGGAAGCGAAGCCCUCUGACCAAGAAGACAUUAUGGGUCAGCCCGGGGAAGAUGCAGCGCCCACAGGCCCAGCGUCUCCGGCAGAAUCGGCCCCGGUCGUCAUACCCGCCGCCCCUGCCAAAGGCGUCCGUGCUGACCUGGAAGGAGAUAAAACCACCUCCCAGGAAGGGAAGUCCGAAGAAGACUGUGAGCAGGUUAGCGAGCAGGGAGACAGAGUGAGUGAAACGAGAGAGGAAGGUUUAAAGGCCGAAAAGGAGAUUUUGCAGCUUAAGACUGAGAGCCAUAAACUUGUGCAAGAUGUCAUUCAGACAGCCGUUGACCAGUUGGUAAGCACCGAAGGAACACCCACCGACUGCCAGACACCGGCCCAGCUGGCAAAGGCUGACCAUCAAGAGGCUGAACAGAAAAUUGAAAAAGAAGAAAGGGAACUUCAGGGCUCGGCAGAGGCUGGGGCAGCCCAAGAGGAGUCCGCACUGACCGCCGUGGGACAAACCCCCUCAGAUAUUUCCAAAGACGCGAAUGCAGCUGCAGAGGAGGUCACGGCCGUUGAGGUCAAAGGCUCCCCAGUAAAUGACCAGCUGCCUGAAGAGCUCGUCCUCCCAACCCAGGAAAAGCGAGAAGCAACCGGAACCAAGUGUGUGCCAGAAUUGGGUGAUCGUGCCGGCUUAGGAGAAAGAACAGAGAAUGAACCCAAAGAAGAUGAAAACCGUGACGCUGUCCAUUACCCUGAGAACCAAAUCUCAGCCCUGGUAGACCCCGAGGCCUCGGGAGACUUAACCAAAGAGUCCCCGGAUGCAAAUGGACCAAAACUAAAAGAGAAGGAAGUGGGAUUUCAGGAAGGAAAAGGGCCGAGCGAGCCAGAAAAAGAGAUCAAAACACAAACACAGGAGGAGGCGCAGGAACAAGAGAGGCAGCCAGCAACGCCAGAACGUGCGGAACCCUAAGACGUCAUUUACACGAGUGUCUUUGCAAGACCAGAAUGUGAAGACAAGUGGUAGAAGAAAAUGAAUGCUGCUGAUGACACUCAAGACCAAGAUUUCAGAACUUUGAGAUCCCAAGAACAGGCCCGCCAACCGAUCUCAUUCCCAGAGAACCCCGACAAUCCUGAGGCUGCUUCGGGAGCUAGAACCAGUUCCUCCUCAAGACCGCCUGCCGCGGCGUCCCCUUGAUGCCAUAUCGUGUUUCUCAUCCGAGGUCCUGAAUUCUUCACCUGGAACUGGAGUUGGCAAUACCUAGUUCCACUUCUCAAACUGGAGUAUCAUUCUUUAUGUAUUUAUAUGUAUGUCUUAAGUAAUCCUCCUCCUGUAUCUAUUGUAUAUUUUUUCCUACUGUUUAAGGAGAUGUGCGGUAGAGUACACUUCCGAUGUACCCCAGUCUGUGAUGGGGCAUGGGCCAUAGUGUCGCCUCGGCAGCUCUGAGCCUCCCGUAGGACCUGUGAAAACAGCUUCCUAGAAUAACAUUCCUGAGCAGAAGCUACAUUCUCACUUUAAAAUUCCCUAAGGAGAGGCCCGUGUUUAGUAUUACUCUGAAGUCGGUCACUUUCCUCUGAUGCACAGUGUGCUAAAAAUGAAAAGCAUCUUUAGGGCGGAAGCAUACAGAAUGUUCUGUGGUUACUGUGAAAUUUUUCUUUCAAGCCCAGUGGAGGGUGGAAGUUUUUUUUUUUUUUUUUUUUUCCAGUAGUAGAUUAACUUCCAGUCUUUUCUCCUAAUUGUUAUGGUGGUUUGGACAGAUGUGGGCUUAAUCCUGAGGCAAAGUAGUGAAAUGUUUUUCAUACUCUCAAAAAAGGAUUGACUAUAAGUUUUGGGUUCCGCCCUUACAUGCGGGACCACAUUCCUACACAGCAUGAAGCAAGUCAGGCUCUUUACAAUGGCAUUUUGAUAGAUGCUGGAUUGUGUCUGUGCCAUAUUUGUGCCCACUCUUUUAGAACAAUGUUGCAUUAUGUUCAUUUGGAUAAACUGUGAUUUGACAACUGAUUUACUAGUAAAUAUUUGCUUCACUUAGAUUUGCUGGUUUUAUAGAUACUAGGAAGGCUGAGAUCUAUGUUUCCUGCCUUCUGCAAGCAGAAUAAGCUAGAGCUUUCUAAUGUAGUUGCUGUAUGGCAUGACCACUUCAUACCGGUUUGACUUCAUGUUCAGAGGAAGUCAUAGCAGAUAGGUGUCUGCCAAAAUAAACCAGGGGCUUUUCAGAUGGACGGUACUGAUACAAUGCUACCAUCUGGUGGUAUCUUCCUGAAAAGGUCAAUUUUCUGCAUUAAUGUUUGUUCAUGAUGAGUGUUUCUAGAAAGAAAUUUUAAGAAGGCUUAGUAGUAAAAUUGCCCUGCAACAGGAGAUCUUGGAAUUUUUCUAAAUGUUAAAAAUGAUGUCUGAUUCUUGCUAAUAUAUAAAGGAUUCUGUUGAACAGUUGCCACACAAAGAAUAGUCCGUUAUCUGCCCUAAAAUUUCACUUUUCCGCAGGUAAACUGGCCUGGCAAAUACACUUUUAAAAUUUUACUCCAGCUCGAUACUCCCAGUUUGAGAACUUAAUUUCAAUGACCAAUUGAUUUUAAAGGAUAACAUUCUAGAAAGACUAGAAUAGCCUUUUAGCAGAAAGAACAUUUGCUGUUAGAAGUGAAGAGUAGUUCCUCUGAUACCAACACACUUGACUAUAAUAAAACAUCAGCUGUAGUAGUUGCUCUGAUACCAACACACCUGACUACAAUAAAACAUCGGUUCUAGUGUACGGCCUUCUAGCUGGAAAGUACUGACUAGCUUUUAGGAAUUACUCUCAUGUAUAAUAGCCACCUGUGCUUAAUUGUUAAACUUUAAAAUCUCCAAAUUAAAAAAAAGAAACCUGUGAUCUAAAUCAGCGUUUGCCAACCCAUGGUCCAUGAGGUCCGAAAGGUUGGCGACCACUGGUUUAAGGAAGCCUUUGGAGCAGUGGUCACCAACUGGUGGCCCACAGACCAAUGGUGGUCGGAAAGGUUGGCGACUGCUGAUCUAAAUAGCUUCUCUGGCCAACUUGGGACUUUUGUAAAAAAGUGCUAGUGUCAAAUUUAGAAACAUCAAUGAUUAGAGAGAAUCAUUGAUUGGCUGCCUCCUGCACGCCCCCUACUGGGGAUCGAGCCCACAACCUGGGCAUGUGCCCUGACGAAUAGAACCAUGACCUCCCGGUUCAUAGGUUGACGCUCAACCACUGAGCCACACCGGCCAGGCGCUGGUGUCAGUUUUUGAAGAUCAACCAAAAAGUAUUGGAGAUGACAGCAAUUUGGAAGGAGUUCAAUGAUAGCUCCAAUAUUGACUCAACUUCCUCUCUCUGGCAGGAAGAAACUGUGCUAUUUUGAGCAGAUUAAAGAUUUGUGUCGUUUGUGGUAAGCAGAUUUCCUUUUUUUUUUUUUUUGGUUUAAAUUCCAUCCCGCCACUUCAUCACAUUUGUACUGACAUGUGGCCAAGCAGGUCAUCACAACUGGUCUUCAUGACUCUGCUCCGACUACAUCUGGACCGGCCCUGGAUUCCUUCUGUACAAGCUCUGUACCUUUGUCUGUUAAGCAACAUUGUUUUACUAACGAGGAAUGCUAUUAGCAACUGUAGCGUGAAAUACAGUUCUGUGUUAUAAUUCUAAAGCUGCCGUUACUUUAUGAAGUUCAUAGCAACCGUGUAAACUGCAGAAAUUGGAGCAAGUGCCUAAAUUUUGCUAUUUUUGGCAUUACUAUGGAACCAUGUACAACAGAAAGCAAUGCAAGACUUGUAAACUCUCGCCACUUCUUGUAAUUGAAGACUAUAAAAUGUGCCCCUCAAGGUUAUUUUCUUAAUGGUUCACACAAGUUGUCUCUCUCUGUACAUGUCUACUUUGUUCCAGAAGUUUCCUUUGCUGUUUGGAGCUACAGAUAGUCAAGGGCUGAAAAUUUUAGCUUUCAGUGUAAGCUUCAAGCCUAGCAGUUUUCUUUAACCUAAGACAAUAUUUGAUUCCUACUUCUGUGUGGGGGCAAAUUUUCAUUUAUCUAAAUAAAAUGCAACCUAAUGAAAUGC